AUGGCGGCACUCAGCAAUUCACACAUCUUCUCCAUCUUUUCGCUGCAUUUGCUGCUAUGCCUGCAUGCACACAAUUCGCAGACCUAUGUUGUUCAGCUCCAUCCAUCAUCUCUGCAUUUCAGUUCUAAGCUUCAAUGGCACCUUUCUUUCCUCGAGGAGGACGGGGAUUCAUCUUCACGCCUUUUGUAUUCUUACAGCGCCGCCAUGGAAGGUUUUGCUGCAUAUCUAUCAAAACCCGAGGUUAAGAAGUUAGAGAGGCUCAGAGAGGUUAUGGCAGUGAGACCUGACAGGAGGCUCGGGAUCCACACUACAUACUCUUACCAGUUCCUGGGGCUGAAUACCAAGAAUGAUCAUGCCGCCUGGAUCACAUCUAGAUUUGGCAGAGGAUCGAUCAUUGGAGUUAUCGACACUGGUGUUUGGCCGGAGAGCCCAAGCUUUGGGGACAGGGGAAUGCCUCGGGUGCCCCGGAAGUGGAAAGGGAUAUGCCAACAGGGACAGGGCUUCAGCGCAUCGAAAUGCAAUAGGAAGCUCAUUGGCGCUCGAUACUUCAAGAAAGGUCACCGUAUGGCUUCACAGGGUUUUUCCAGACUGGAAUAUGGAUCGCCGCGUGAUUCCCAUGGCCACGGCACCCAUACAGCUUCCAUAGCUGGGGGAGCGCCAGUUCCUUCGGCUAGUGUCCUUAGGAAUGGAGCUGGUGAGGCUCGAGGAAUGGCACCAUCUGCUCGUACUGCAAUUUACAAAGCCUGCUGGUCCAGAGGCUGCUACAGCUCAGACAUCCUUGCGGCAAUAGAUUCAGCCAUCAAAGAUGGUGUAGAUGUGCUUUCCCUCUCCCUCGGUGGAUUCCCGGCGCCAUUUUAUGAUGAUGUCAUAGCCAUUGGCAGUUUCCGGGCAAUGGAGCAUGGAAUAUCAGUCGUCUGCUCAGCAGGAAACAACGGCCCGAUCCAAAACUCAGUUACAAAUGCAGCUCCCUGGAUUGCUACCAUUGGUGCCAGCACAGUUGAUAGGAGAUUUCCAGCCAUUGUUCGAUUAAGCAACAGGAAGUACCUCUUUGGAGAGUCUAUGUACCCUGAGAAGGGACCUGCAGCUGCAGCAAAAGAGUUCGAGCUGGUUUACAUCACAGGUGGAAAAACCGGGAGCGCAUUUUGCUUGAGAGGAUCUCUUCCAAGACGAACAGUUAGAGGCAAGAUGGUAGUCUGCGAUAGGGGCGUAAACCAGAGGGCUGAGAAAGGUCAGGUGGUGAAAGAAGCUGGUGGUGCUGCAAUGAUUCUAGCAAACACAGAGAUGAAUAUGGAGGAAGAUUCGGUUGAUGUCCAUGUCCUGCCUGCAACAUUAAUAGGUUUCGAAGAAUCAGUUCAGCUAAAAAAUUUCAUAAACUCAUCUAGAAAACCUAAAGGAAGAAUUAUCUUUGGAGGCACAAUUAAAGGAAGAUACAGGGCACCUGCAGUAGCUCGAUUUUCAUCAAGAGGGCCGAAUCUUGCUGAUCCUUCAAUUCUCAAGCCAGAUAUGAUUGCUCCGGGAGUCAAUAUCAUUGCCGCCUGGCCACAAAACCUCAGCCCCAGUCGCCUUACAGAAGAUUCCAGAAGAGUGAACUUCAACGUAAUGUCGGGGACUUCCAUGGCAUGCCCUCAUGUCAGUGGACUUGCAGCUCUGAUCUAUUCAGCUCAUUCAAACUGGAGUCCAGCAGCCGUCAAAUCUGCACUUAUGACAACUGCAGAUGUUUGUGAUAAUCAAGGUAAACCUGUAAUGGAUGGAGACAAACCUGCCGAGCUCUUUGCAGUUGGAGCAGGACAUGUAAACCCAGAAAGAGCCAUCAAUCCAGGCCUGAUAUAUGACAUCCAACCAGAUGACUACAUUACUCAUCUAUGCUCUCUUCGGUACCCAAGUUCAGACAUAUUUAGCAUUACUCAAAGAAAUGUUAGCUGUCACGAUAUUUUGCAGAAGAACAGGGGUUUCAGUCUCAAUUACCCCUCAUUUUCUGUAAUUUUCACAACAGGAGACACAAGAAAGAGACUAAGAAGACAAAUAACAAAUGUAGGUAUCCCCAAUUCCAUUUACUCACUAAAAAUGGAGGCGCCUCGGGGUGUUGAUGUGACAGUCAGACCGCACUGUCUGAUAUUCAAUCACACUUAUCAAACUCUAAUCUACAGAGUUUGGUUCAUUUCAAAGAAAAAAUCAAAGGUCAAGGACACAAGGUUCGCACAAGGGCAUCUGACAUGGGUGGAAACAACUGGUUCACACAGGGCUCGAAGUCCUAUUUCUGUGACAUGGUUAUCAACCAAGCGAAAUAACAUAUUCUUGUCAAGCUAGUGCACUAUUAACAAUAUAUCAGGUAUCGCUUUGAAUCUACCUAAUCAUGCAGCUCCUACCUGGUAUGCACAGGUUCAUUAAA